ACUGUGGGAAAGGAAGCGGAGGUGGUCUAUCUUGAUGACGCUAGACCCCAUCCCGGUCUCGCACUCAAACUGCUGCCCGGUUCAUCCGCUAACGCGCAUCUGUCAGCGCAGUCACUGCUCGCUUUUAAGACCAACACAUGAGACGAGUCUAUUACCGACAGAAUGUGGCGGGAUGUCAAGUUUUUCCGAUAGUUUACAAACUCAUGUUUUCUGCAUUGUUUCACCCGUGGUCUAAGACUGGCAUCAAGUUCAGGGUUGGUAACAGGUGUCUGGAGAGGAGCCUGGCUGUCUGGACAACAUGGAGCUGCUGCAGCAGGGGAGGACAGGAGAGACAGUCAUCAGUCAGGACAGGGUCAAGGGACAGGAGGUGGCCAAGUGCCCCCUGGACCUGCCAGAGUACCAGACCACACAGCCACAGCCACAGCCACUACCCAAUGUUUUUACCCAACAGCCACUGUCUAAUGGGACAGCCGGGGAACACAAAGCAGAGCUCCCAGGGCCCUCUGUAAGGUCUGCCAGAGCUGAUGGUGAAGAUAGUGAUGAUUCUAUGACAGAUCUCAACACAACUGACGACGCGUCACAUCUCCUACCAAACAGUAUACCAUCAAACCCAUACCAUCCCCUGAGAGAGCUUCCCAGCGGGGUCCCUGUGUCGUCCAGUCCGAAAACUUCCCCCAAGACCCUGAUCAACGGAGCCUCCCCCUCCCCCGUCUGUACCCCUCCAUCUGCCUCUCUUAACCAGAGAGGAUGGAGCCCUCCUCAGUCCCCUCAGUCCCCAGCCUGUGACAGACACCAUGGGCACCCUAUUAAAAAACAACACCUGCCGUCCACCACAAGGAGCCAGAACUUAUUGAAAGCUGACGCCACUCAGAUAAAGGAAAUAGCUGGAGAUGACUGCUGUGUACACUGUGUCCUGGCCUGUCUGUUCUGUGAGGUGCUAUCCCUGUGCUCAGUGCUGGCCCAGUGUCUGGUGUGCGGAGAGGGCUGUGAGGUGCUGUGUUGCUGUGGGGAGGGGGCUGCCGGCGGGUUGGCCUGUGGGGAGGACGCCUGCUCUGCCCUGUUGGAUUGUGGGAUACUAGAGGACUGCUGCGAGUCUUCAGACUGUCUGGAGAUCUGUCUGGAGUGUUGUUCUAUCUGCUUCCCUGUGUAGCAGAAGAAGAAGAAGAAGAGGAGGAAGAUUGAAACAUUUGACAGAAAGACAGGUGGAGUGACUCUGUGUUAGGCCUCCUAAAUGGACUGAGCCUUAAUAGACGGGACAAAUGACCACAACCACCAUGUUGAACACUUUUCAUUACCCCCCAGUCAGAUGUCUCUGUUCUACACCAACAUUCAUUAAACUUUGGCUUUUGGGUUUAUUUAAUAUCAGUGUUUAUUUUGCAAAGCCAUUAAGCCACAGCACAGGUUGAGGAUGAGAUAUUGUACUGAGCAGUCUGACCAGUCAGGUUGAGGAUGAGGUGUUGUAGUGAGCAGUCUGACCAGUCAGGUUGAGGAUGAGGUGUUGUACUGAGCAGUCUGACCAGUCAGGUUGAGGAUGAGGUGUUGUAGUGAGCAGUCUGACCAGUCAGGAUGAGGUGUUGUAGUGAGCAGUCUGACCAGUCAGGUUGAGGAUGAGGUGUUGUAGUGAGCAGUCUGACCAGUCAGGUUGAGGAUGAGGUGUUGUACUGAGCAGUCUGACCAGUCAGGAUGAGGUGUUGUAGUGAGCAGUCUGACCAGUCAGGAUGAGGUGUUGUAGUGAGCAGUCUGACCAGUCAGGAUGAGGUGUUGUAGUGAGCAGUCUGACCAGUCAGGAUGAGGUGUUGUAGUGAGCAGUCUGACCAGUCAGGAUGAGGUGUUGUAGUGAGCAGUCUGACCAGUCAGGUUGAGGAUGAGGUGUUGUAGUGAGCAGUCUGACCAGUCAGGUUGAGGAUGAGGUGUUGUACUGAGCAGUCUGACCAGUCAGGAUGAGGUGUUGUAGUGAGCAGUCUGACCAGUCAGGUUGAGGAUGAGGUGUUGUAGUGAGCAGUCUGACCAGUCAGGUUGAGGAUGAGGUGUUGUAGUGAGCAGUCUGACCAGUCAGGUUGAGGAUGAGGUGUUGUAGUGAGCAGUCUGACCAGUCAGGUUGAGGAUGAGGUGUUGUACUGAGCAGUCUGACCAGUCAGGUUGAGGAUGAGGUGUUGUAGUGAGCAGUCUGACCAGUCAGGUUGAGGAUGAGAUGUUGUACUGAGCAGUCUGACCAAUCAGGAUGAGAUGUUGUACUGAGUAGUCUUACCAGUCAGGUUGAGAUGUACUGAGCAGUCUGACCAAAAAUGGAAAAAUCAAUCGUAAAAUUGAAUUAAUUCUCAAAAAUGUGAGUGUUUUUUGAUAGCAAACUAGGACUAAGGGAAGAAUACAAUAAAAGCUGAAGAAGGAUUGACAAGUCGACGUCGAGGAAGUAAUGACUGUAGAUCAUGACAGUUAACAGUACAGUGAUACAGAUGGAGCAGCUUCGUUAGAGCCAGUUGGCUACAGCAGGAAAAGAAUCCUGCAGCAACAGGAAAUGGGAAUUAUUGUUCUGGAUUAUAAUUAAUGGACAUAUUUUUUGUAGGGGUUGAUACAGUAUUCAUAAGGGAAAAUCUAGUCUGUAAUUUCAUAGUGGAAAUUACAAUCUUUAGAAGCUUUUUUUUAUGAUCUCAAAUACGGCAUCUGUAUUUUUUUUAAAAAUUUUACAAUAUGAGAUUUAACAUUGGUUUAUAAGAUAUGCUGUUACAAUAUGAGAUUUAACAUUGGUUUAUAAGAUAUGCUGUUACAAUAUGAGAUUUAACAUUGGUUUAUAAGAUAUGCUGUUACAAUAUGAGAUUUAACAUUGGUUUAUAAGAUAUGCUGUUACAAUAUGAGAUUUAACAUUGGUUUAUGAGAUAUGCUGUUACAAUAUGAGAUUUAACAUUGGUUUAUAAGAUAUGCUGUUACAAUAUGAGAUUUAACAUUGGUUUAUAAGAUAUGCUGUUACAAUAUGAGAUUUAACAUUGGUUUAUAAGAUAUGCUGUUACAAUAUGAGAUUUAACAUUGGUUUAUAAGAUAUGCUGUUACAAUAUGAGAUUUAACAUUGGUUUAUAAGAUAUGCUGUUACAAUAUGAGAUUUAACAUUGGUUUAUGAGAUAUGCUGUUACAAUAUGAGAUUUAACAUUGGUUUAUAAGAUAUGCUGUUACAAUAUGAGAUUUAACAUUGGUUUAUAAGAUAUGCUGUUACAAUAUGAGAUUUAACAUUGGUUUAUGAGAUAUGCUGUUACAAUAUGAGAUUUAACAUUGGUUUAUAAGAUAUGCUGUUACAAUAUGAGAUUUAACAUUGGUUUAUAAGACAUCUUGUGCCACUUGCCUCUGUCUGGACGAGUACACACUCUACAUCAUCUAUGUGAAAAUUAAGCUGUUUCAUUUUGUAUUGAUGAGAUCUUUCAACAAUCAAUAUGCAAUUCUGAAAACAUAUCUACAUAGACAACAUGUUGAAAGACAAGAUGAUUAGAAAAGUAGGUGAAACAUGGAGUUUUAAGCCUCUACUAAACCUUCUCCUCUCCUUGUCCUAAAACAGUCACACCUGAAAUAUCACUGUUUUCCUGUCUUUAACUGGCAGGAAAUCUGUUUCGUAUCUGGAUGCUAAGUAUACAGUAUCUAGUCUGGAUGUUAAGUAUACAGUAUCUAGUCUGGAUGCUAAGUAUACAGUAUCUAGUCUGGAUGUUAAGUAUACCGUAUCUAGUCUGGAUGUUAAGUAUACAGUAUCUAGUCUGGAUGUUAAGUAUACAGUAUCUAGUCUGGAUGCUAAGUAUACAGUAUCUAGUCUGGAUGUUAAGUAUACAGUAUCUAGUCUGGAU